GUACGCAAACCACAGACAGCAUCUUGUUUUCCACCGACUAAGACACAAAGCUCACUUCUUGUCUUAGCUUUUCAAUAGUAAGUACUUGCAAAAAUGAAUCAUCUUUAAUCGCAACUGUUUGUGAUGAUGAACAGCGGUUCUAUACGGAUUAUGAAGUCAACAUUUUUCUUGCGGAAGACAUGGAUUUCGUCCAUGUCUGAAGCAGAGAGAAAGGGGAAGCGUUUUGCGGCUAUUUGGGGCAAUGGCGAUUAUGGAAGAUUGGGUCUUGGUGGAUUAGAGUCUCAUUGGCGUCCCGCUUUCUGCUCUGCUCUAGCUAAUGAAAGCCUCCGUCAAAUUGCCUGUGGUGGCGCGCAUACUCUUUUCCUAACAGAAACUGGAUGCGUAUAUGCCACUGGUCUCAAUGACUUUGGUCAGCUUGGUGUAUCAAAUCAAAGUUACUCAACUGAUCCCAUCAAAGUUUGUAAAUUACCCAAAGAAGUAAUAAGUAUAAGUGCUGGUUAUCAUCACUCUUCUGCCAUUACAGUGAACGGUGAGCUCUAUGUCUGGGGGAGGAAUUCACGUGGACAGCUAGGCCUUGGGAAAAAGGCUGCAAAGGUGAUUCCUGUGCCUACCAAAGUUGAUUGCUUGAGUGGGGUCAGUAUCAAAAUGGCUGCUUUAGGUUCUGAACACUCAAUUGCUGUUUCAGAUAAGGGGGAAGUCUUAAGCUGGGGCCAUGGAGCAGGAAGGCUUGGUCAUGGACAUGACAAGGGCUUAUUGAAAUUUUUAAAGAGUAACACUGAAUACACCCCUAGGCUGAUAAAGACACUUGAAGGUGUGAAGAUCAAAAGUGUUGCAGCAGGAAUGUUGCAUUCAGCAUGUGUUGAUGGUACUGCAGAAAAUGGAUCUGUAUUCGUACACGGGGAGACAACGUUAAAUAAAAUGGAAUUGCAGCAGCCAAAUAAUGUGGCAACACCAUCAAUGUUGAUCAAACUCCCAAUUGCAGAUGUAGUUGCAUGCGGUGGCUACCACACUUGUGUUGUUACAAGUGGAGGAGAGCUAUAUUCAUGGGGUUCCAAUGAAAAUGGUUGUCUUGGCAUAGGAUGCACAAAUGUUAGUUCCUCUCCUGAAAGAGUUCAAGGUCCAUUCCUUAAAAGUCCUAUUAAUGAGGUUUCUUGUGGAUGGAAGCAUACAGCAGCAAUUUCUGAAGGAAACGUUUAUACCUGGGGAUGGGGUGGAUCACAUGGAACAUUUGCUGAUGAUGGUCACUCUUCUGGCGGACAAUUGGGCCAGGGCAAUGAUGUGGACUAUAAUAUACCCACAGUUGUUAACUUAUGGAAGAAUGUAAAAGCUUUACAAGUUUCUUGUGGAUUCAAUCAUACUGGUGCCAUACUUGAAUGGAAUUGAUACAUUCUCAUGUUUUCCAUGUAAAUAACUUUAGUAUGUUUUAUCUGAGUUAUGAGUCUCCAGGUAAAGCUAAAAUAUCAUGUUACCUAAUCAGUUGAAUCACACCAAAUGGAGAAAUAAUAAAGUCAAUAAUGAAAUGAAAUCA